UAACGAAUUUUCUUCGUAUACGUACAGUUUAUAUUAAAACUAAAUAUUAUAUUUCAAGACUUCCUUGUAAGUACAAGCAAAUGUUUGCACAUUUGCGUCACCUGAGAGCGGCAAAGAAAAUUGGUUUUCUCGCGAACUGAUAACGUUAUCAGUGGCGGAUUACAGCUGAUAAGAGAUAGUUCCCGUUCGCGAAUCCGCUUUGUAUAAGUUCACCGCUGGUUGGAGAAUGUUGCAGACGUUUUGAUAAUCUGGUCGGCGGGUGCUAUGGCGUUCUACCGCUGCGGGCCCACGGCGAUAGGAAGCCGGACUUCAUGGGCACCAGUUUCUUCACCAGUCGAGACCAAUUAUGAUAGACCUUUGAGCGGGAAUUUCGACAGGAUCUUCAAUGCUUUUGAGAGAACUAAUGCCUUUGAAUACGUGCGGAACACCUUUGAAGGAAAAGAAGAAGAGAGGCACGUAGGACAUGGAGAGAUAGUGGUGAAUAGGAAGAUGAGCAGUAGUUUCGAGAGGGCGGACUGCGCGCUGGCUGCGCAGACGCCGUGUUCGGAAGACGAGGACUUCUACCGGGAGAAGAUACUGUAUUCCCAAGCGAGGCAGCUGUUUCCCCUGCAGGAGGACCUCGCUGAUUGGAUCAACAAAACUGUUGGUAUUACGUACCUGACCGGCGAGAACUUUCUGGAUGUCUUGGACAACGGAGCGGAGCUGUGUCAGCUGGCGGCCGUCAUCCACGACCGAGCGAGGGAAGCCCUGGACCAGGGGCUCAUUGUGGGGCCGGUGCCCGCGAUCCGCGGUCGUUGCUGGCAGCGCGCGGCUCGGCGCAGCUUCUUCUCAAGAGAUAACACGGAGAACUUCAUCACGUUCUGCAGAGAGCUGGGCGUCCAUGAGAACCUCCUUUUUGAGAGCGACGAUCUUGUGCUGCACAACCAACCACGUCAAGUCAUCCUGUGCCUGCUGGAGGUGGCUCGCCUCGCCACCAAGUUCAACAUCGAGCCUCCAGGGCUGGUGCAGUUGGAGAAGGAGAUAGCCAUGGAGGAACGCGACUCGGGCCUGGAUUCAGCCAUGUCUGGGGCAGGCUGGCAGUUCAGGGAUGCGUCGCCGGUUCCGGGACUUGAUAAAUCUACACGCGAGGAUGCUCGGCCUUCUAGUCCAGACCAUAAUGAAACGCAAUUGUCAGUGCCAGAUAACGUGGACAAUGAGAGCACAAAGUCGGAAGGCACGGUCACCAGCACCGACUCGGACGUGCCGCUCAAACCUACCAACGAACUGGAUAAGAGGGUGCAAUUGGUGACUCGUCUGAUGGAGCGCGGUUGCAACUGCGGCAACGGGAAGUGCUCCAAGCUGCUCAAGGUGAAGAAAGUGGGCGAGGGCCGCUACAACAUCGCGGGGAGAAACGUAUUUAUCAGGUUGCUGAAGGGUCGUCACAUGAUGGUGCGCGUGGGCGGCGGCUGGGACACGCUGGAGCACUUCCUGUCGCGGCACGAGCCCUGCCAGGUGCGCCUCGUCACGGGCGCGCGCCGCUCCGUCCUCCCCGUGCCCCUCUCCCCCUCCGACCCCGACCUCUCCCCCGUCCCCCGCAAACUCUCCCCCGCCAGCAGCAAGUCCUCUAUACCCGGCACAGUUUCACCCGUAUCGAGCAAAGCUUCCUCCGUCAGCGGAAAAACGUCACCAGUAGAACAAAACUCCACAGACGCACGCAGAACUUCGACCCCCAAACCUAAAUUACGGUCCGCAUUAACUCUGCCACUGAAGGAACAGAGUAAGCCACGCACUAGAAAGCAGUCCGCACCUAGCUUUAGCACACCCAACACUCCCACCGGGAGAACGGUCAGGACACCGCCAGCAGAACAUAGGAAAUCACUCACGUCCACGACGCUCAUCAACGCGCCGAAAAAAUCGCGGAGCAUGAGUUUGGCCGUCGCUAAAGAAGAGAAGAAGUCCUUCUGCGGAACUGAAAGGCUGAACCAAGCCAAGAAGAGCUCCAGCGCGGCCACUACUCCUACUGAGCCGGUUACUUCCAUGGCGCGCAAGACUCGCAGUCAGAGUUUAGCUACGACACCGACCAACGAGCCGAAGAGGCCGCUCUCUGCGAAUGGGUACGCGAAGAAAACUCGAAGCAUGAGCCUCGCGGCGCCCGUGGAAUACGUGAAGCCCAUAAAUAAAAGCAUCUCGGUCACAACCACGGGGCCGAUGACCCAGGCGGCUAUCGAAGAGAGCAUCAGACUGUCGCUGGCCGCCAGCAUCGCCGACGACGCCUCGCCCAAGAAACCAUUCCUCCACAUCAAAGCCAAGUACCGGAGUCCGCCGCCGCGCGAAGUACCCCCGAGAUAAUCAGACAUUUACCAGUUUUCCUCAUUCCAUUAGUUUUAAAACUUGACUUUGAUUUAGUAAUUUGGAGGUUCGUGAAUCAACCUCCGAGCAAUCUCAUCAUGUUCGUAGUGAUUAGUCGCUUUAAUUCACAUGUCAUGCCCGACUCCCUCGGGAACUAGUCAUAAUGGAUCGUUUUCUAAUGAUUGAUAUAAUUUGUAACGUUAAUUAUUCUUAAUAUUAUUAAUUUAAUGAUUUCCAAUUGCAAUAAUUCGAAUAUUAAUUUAGUUUAGUUUAUGUGUGAGUUCAUUUUCAAGGAAUAAUCGCAGCCAUAUCCAUAAUGUUGACAAUACGAUAGGAACCAUUAGGAGUAUGAUCAUCCACAUAGAUUAUCAUUAAUAUCACUGAACCAUACGUUUGUGAAACUGAUUUUGUAGUUUUAGCAAAAAGUGGCUUACGACCCCACGGUACAAACUCGUCAAUAUCCAAACAUCCUAUAUUUUGAUACGAAACAUUAGAUUAUACUGUAUUUUUGCACACAGUAGAUAGAGCACUAAGUAAAAAUUGUUACACCGAAUAUUGUUAACUCUAGUUAUCACGUGGAAAACUACAACCCCAAUUACAAAGGUUUUCCAUGAGAUUUCUCGAGUCUUCUCGACUCUUCACUAUAUGAUUUUAAACACGCUAGAUUUCUAGAUUUAAGAAAGUCAAACAUUCAGCUAGUUUUCGCCUUAUUUAAUCGUUACCGCGCGCGCUGCUGUUAAACUUAUCUUUAAAUCGAUUAGUGGCUUGCGACGAUACACUCCGAUGUAUCGAGAGAAGAGCCAUUGAACCCGAAUCGAGAAUCGAAUGGAGUUUCGCAGCAGCGCGCCACUCGAGCUUCGAAUUUUUAUCGAUACUAUACCUAAGUGAUAUUCAUGUAACUGCCAAUCUACCUACCUAUGGAAAUAUAGUGCCAACGGUUAAUUAUGUAUGGUUGAUAAUAAACUUUGAUAUGAA